AUGGGAAUCAAUAAAAUACAGGUGGUGGACCAGAGCACCAACCCGCCGCCGCUGGAGCUGCCGCCCGACGCCAGCAUUCUGGUGCUGCCCGAGGCCGACUGCAGGCGCCACUACAUGCUCUUCACCAACAGCGCUGGCAGGGUCACCAAAAGCUGGAUGUGUGGGAUCUGUGGUAAAGAGUUCCCCAAGCAGUACGCUCUGAUGCGGCAUCUGCGGAUGCGCCACCUGAACGUGCGGCUGUUCCGGUGCGGCACGUGCGACAAGGCGUUCAAGACGAGGAUGGUGCUGAUGCGCCACUGCGCCUGCCACUCGACCCUGCGGCCGUACGUCUGCGGCGUCCUGCCAGAAGCGCUUCAGCCGGGCAACGGCGCUCGUCCAGCACGGGCCCGUGCACCUCGGCACACAAGUCGCUUCGCCUGCCACUGCGGCAAGCGCUUCCACCAGAAGGCGAACUUGGUAGUCCAUCAGCGGACGCACCAAAACUUGAGCAAGAUGUCCGCGGCAAGCAAACUGGCGAGCUCGCGCCCAGCCUCGCCGCCACACCAUCCGAUCUUCAAAUGUUUCAACUGCGACAGUGAACUGGACUCACUGCAGGCCUUCCGGGAUCACCAGCAGAGGUGCACCCCUUUACUGCCGGCGCUGCCGCCUCGGAGUCAGAACAACACCCCGGAUACAAACCACUGCCUGAAUUCAGGAGGACAGGAGGACUUGCCUGGCGGGCUGCUACGCAGGCUCCUCAGCCUCGGCGAAGGCCUGGAGGGGCGGCGACCGGCCAGUCCGGCGGCCGAGCUCGCUCUGCAACCGCUUCCGCCGCCGCCACCGCCGCCGCCGCCCAGUCCGGCACUCGGACGGGUGCAGACUGGUCUACCGGUGGGGCAGCUGCAGGCUGGUCUGCCGCUGGGGCGGCUACAGACUGGUCCGCCGCUGGGGCAGCAGCAGGCUGGUCUGCCGCUGGGACAGCUGCAAGCCGCUCUGCCCCUGGAACAGCUGCGGGCUGGCCUGCCGCUGGGACAUCUGCCAGCCGCUCUGCCGCUGGAGCAGCUGCAGACUGGUCUGUCGCUGGGGCAGCUGCAGGUCGGUCCGGAACAGCUGGAACAGCUGCAGACCGGUCCGGAGCAGCUGCUGACCGGUCCGGGGCAGCUGCUGACCGGUCCGAAGCAGCUGCAAACUGGUCCGGCACUGGAGCAGCUGCAGACCGAUUCUUUGCUUGUGCAGCUGUCUCCACAGCCAACGCCCGUGCCCGCCGCCGCGCAGCAGGAGAUGUCGAAACUCAGACAGCUGCUGAUCCCGGCCACCACGGAGGACCUGCGGCACCUGCAGCGGCAGCAGGGCGGCGGCGGCCCCGGGCACGACCGGGUCGACGUUCCGGUGGUUGCCGUGGUUACGCAGUACCACAGCUCCGACGGCACGCACCUGCACGUGCAGCCGCCUAGCUCGGAGCGUCCCGACUGCUCGGAGGUGGCCGUCUCAAGGAUCGAGGUGCCGCUGACGGACGACGGGCCGCCGCCGGCCUCCUGCCGACGGGAGCAGCUUCUCUCGAUGCCGACGAGCGCCGAGCUCCUCAGCACCGAAGCCGACGGCCCGGCGAACGCGGCCGACGACGGGCCCGGGCGGGCCGUCCCGCCGCCAAGCGUAGCCGACAUGCUGUCGAGGGGAGCCGACAGAACGGCGGGGACUGAUGGUCGGCCGAGAGCGACCGAAGCUCUGGCGAGGGGCGCAGACGCUCUGGCGGGAGAGGCCGGCGUGGUGCCGACGGACGCGGAGGUCCUGCCGAAGGAAGCCGGCCUGCUGCCUGGCGGGCUCCAGCUGCAGCUGCCGACCGAGCUCGACGCUCUGCCGAGAGGAUCCGACACCUUGCCCGCUGGAGUCGACGCGCCGCCGUUAGGAGGCGACAUGCUGCCGAGAGGGGCCGAUUCGCUGCCCGCCGGAGCCGACAUGCCACUGUUAGGAGCCGACAUGCUGCGAAGGGGAGCCGAUUCGCUGCCCGCCGGACCCGACAUGCUGCCGUUAGGAGCCGACAUGUUGCUGUUGAGAGCCGACAUGCUGCCGAGAGGAUCCGCAAUUCUUGCCGAGGAAGCCGCCGUGCUGGCGGGAGCAGCCGAGGGGCAGUCAGAUGGAGCUGACCUGCUGUCGGCCGGAGCCGACACGAUGGUGCAGUUCGUGCGCGAGACGCCGUCCGGAGGCUUCGAGGCGGUCUCGGUGGCCGAGGCGGCCCUCCUCUUCAGCCAGCCAGGCAGCUCGUACCAGAUCCUGCCCGGGGAAGACCGGCACUCGCCGUCGGUGGCGCCGCUCUCCCGCUGAGGGCGGCGGCGCCCGCUGGCCGCGCGCGCACGGGCUAGUGAUAGUGCGGCCGUGAGUCGGUCCGGACGUGUUCGCGCCAUCCGCCGCCGCCCACGCGCCAAAGUAAGCAGAGGCGGGAGGGACGCGAUGGCGGUUGCCAUGACAACGCCAUGUCCGGUUGGUAUGGCUGAUUGUACGGGUCCUGCAGCCGUCGGAAAAGAGCAUGCAACGAAGACGGUGCGGUGAUUCUAAGGUUGUGCUUCGGACGGGAGGUUCCCUCUAACUGAUCUUUUAAGCGUUAACCUUCGUAACGUUUAUUCAUGAAACGAAUACGGUGAGGUGAUUGUAAAGUUGUGAUUCAGGCGAAGUGAUCUCUCCAACUGAUCUCUUAAGCAUUAGCGUUGGUAAUGUUAGUUCCUGCAACGAAGACGGUGUGGCGAUUAUAAGACUGUGGUUCGGAAGAGAUGUUCUCCCCAACGAAUCUCUUGUUCGUUAGCGUUCGUGGCUGUUCGUUGUGUUGCGCUAUGCCGCGCUUUAGUACUAUCUCGCCAUUAGGUCCAGAAGUCACGUGAUAGCCUUC